AUGUUCGGGUUUGAUAUUGUGGUUACAGAAACGACGGCCGUUGAGCUAGAAGUUGAUCCCGCAGUUGCCGAUACAUAUUUCUCCGAUAGUGAAGAAGAAUAUGGCCCGGAAACGACGAGAACAUUUCACGAAGAUAAAGAUAAAAAAUAUAAAUUUCCUAUCGAUAAGUUCGAACAAGAUAGGUUAGAUCUUCAGCACCAGUUGCUGAAAGUUAUGAUGGAUGGAAAAAUAUACUUGCCACCUUUGAACCCAGAAGAGGUGAAGCAUGUCCUAGAUGUUGGGACUGGACAUGGGAUAUGGGCAGUUGAAUUUGCUACUGAGUUCCCAAAUACGCAAGUUAUUGGAACCGACCUUAGCCCUUCGACACGUGAAAAUACACCCGAAAACUGCAAAUUUGUCGUUGCUGAUGCUGAGGAAGCAUGGGACUUUCCACACAAAUUUGAUCUCGUCCACAUGCGUGAUCUGAUGAUGUGUUUCAGUGACCAGAAAGAGGUCUUCAGAAUGGCUUACAAUGCCCUUGAGCCUGGCGGUUAUUUCCAGAUUCUCGAUGCAAAACUCCCGCUAGCUUCCAUUGACGACUCAAUGGAAAGUAGUGGAAUUGCCAGAUGGUUCGAAGCAUGUGUUGACGCGGGCGAGGCUGGCAGCAGACCUUGGACUAAUAUCCCAAAAUACAUGGAAUGGCUGGAAGAUAUUGGGUUCGAAGAGGUAACAGAGACAGUCUACCACAAUCCGAUAAAUGAUUGGGCGAUAGGGGCAAAAGAGAAGCAAAUCGGUGCAAUGAUGCAAAAGGACAUAAAGCGAUGGUUGUAUUCAACCACACGGACUGUAGUAGAGGGAUCGAAUAUGAAUGAGGAAGAGGUCAAGGAAUUACUUCUCAAAGCAAAGGAAUCUGGGAGGAACAGGAAUAUUCACGCAUAUAUUCCUAUUUAUGUUGUAUGGGGUAGAAAGCCCUUUCCGAGCGAAUCUUGA